AUGUGCCGCAAAGGCAAUAGAGAAGGAGAAGGGUCCAACAAGUGCUGGCACCUAUUUGUCGCUCGCUCACAAAAUCUAUGGAGAGUCCUGGAACGUGAAAUGGAGCGUUGGCCCAAACCGCUGAGAUAUUCAGAGAUCGAUUAUAACCACGACGUCUUGGAUAUUGCGAAUGAGUUUCACUUCAGAGACGAACGCACUAGCGAAAGGUACCCGGACGGCUAUGAGACACAUGAUCGAAGAAGAAUAACUGUCCAAAACGGCUAUGAGAGUCAGGACAACUGCUGGGUAUAUUGUAGUCGCAAUGGAAUACCGGCCUCGAAAGUUAACUAUUUCCGCGCACGAUACUGCAAAACUCUCCAAGGAAAGAGGCAAACGAACGAGACAAUCACUUCAUCUAUACACACCAUGGCAUCUCCUGGUGCCGAUACCUUCACCCAGUAUCCCCUUCACCUCGACCCAACCUCAAAAGCUAUCUCCGCUCCCUCAUGCAACUCAGCCGUGCUAGACAGCGAACUCGAAUCCCUAAACCAACUCCACCGCGCUCUCCUCAAUCUCGACAGUCCCAAUACCCCCCCACCCCCAAAGCCAGUGAAUCCCAAACGCAGCGCCCAAAUCGCUAAGUUGCGCGAGGCAGCCAACACAGCUUUCCGCAAGUCCUCCUUCGGCGAAGCUGUGAAGCUUUACACAUAUGCCAUCGACAUGGCCAUAGGCAGACCGACGUGGGAACACGUCGACCUCUUGCGCGAGGAGCUACCACCGCUCUUUACGAAUCGGGCGCAGGCCUAUAUGGCACAGCAACAAUGGCCGGAAGCCUAUGUAGAUGCGAAAUCGAGCGUGGAAAUUAUGCCCUCUAAUAAUGGGAAAUCAUGGUGGAGAGGGGGUAGAUGCUUGAUUGAGAUGGGGAGGUGGCAGGAGGCAACGGAAUGGAUUUCAAAUGGGUUGGAUGCGGAGGGGAACUCCAGCGAAGCGGCGAAGGAGUUGAAGGGUCUUAUGGUAGACGUGGAAAAAGGGUGGGAGAGGGAGAGGUCUUCGAGGGGAUGA